GCCCCGGCUCCGCAGGCCCUCAGCGCCGGAGCCCCGCAGGAACCAUGCCCAGGUCCUUCCUGGUCAAGAAGGUCAAACUUGACACGUUCUCCUCCUCGGCAGACCUCGAGAGCUCCUACGGGCGCACCCGCAGCGACCUCGGCGUGCGAUUGCACGAGAAAGGAUACCUCAGCGACUACUCGGGGCCCGCGUCCGUCUACGAUGGCGACGCCGAGGCGGCGUUGCUCAAAGGGCCGUCGCCGGAGCCCAUGUACGCUGCGGCUGUGCGGGGAGAGCUGGGCCCGGCGGCCGCUGGCUCGGCACCGCCGCCUACCCCGCGCCCGGAGCUGGCCACUGCUGCGGGCGGCUACAUCAACGGCGACGCGGCGGUCAGCGAGGGCUAUGCGGCCGACGCUUUCUUCAUCACUGACGGCCGCUCGCGCCGUAAGGCAGCCAAUGUCAACGCCACCGCCGCCCCCUCCACGGUCUCGGCGGCGGCUCCGGACGGCGACAGCGGCGGGGCCGGGGCGGGUGCACGCAGCACGGGGGCGGGGGCCGGAGGCCGGGGUGGCACGCGAUCGGGGGCGGGCCCGGAGGCGCGCGCGGGGCCCGGGGCUGGCGGCGCGGGGGGCCGGCACGCGUGCGGCGAGUGCGGCAAGACGUACGCCACGUCGUCGAACCUGAGCCGCCACAAGCAGACGCACCGCAGCCUAGACAGCCAACUGGCGCGGCGUUGCCCGACGUGCGGCAAGGUGUACGUGUCCAUGCCGGCCAUGGCCAUGCACCUGCUCACGCACGACCUGCGCCACAAGUGCGGCGUGUGCGGCAAGGCCUUCUCGCGGCCCUGGCUCCUGCAGGGCCACAUGCGCUCGCACACCGGCGAGAAGCCCUUUGGCUGUGCGCACUGCGGCAAGGCCUUCGCCGACCGCUCCAACCUGCGCGCGCACAUGCAGACGCACUCGGCCUUUAAGCACUUCCAGUGCAAGCGCUGCAAGAAGAGCUUCGCGCUCAAGUCCUAUCUCAACAAGCACUACGAGUCGGCCUGCUUUAAGGGCGGCGGCGGCGGCACCGACGGUCCCGCAGCCCCCGCGCCCGCUGCGCCGCCGCAGCUCAGCCCGGUGCAGGCCUAG